AUGCGGACGCCGGCGAUGCUCCGGUGGGCCGCGGCGCUCGCGGUCCUGCUCGCCGUCGCCGCGCCGGCCGCCGGGUUCUACCUCCCUGGCGUCGCCCCGAACGAUUUCGCGAAGGGUGAUCCGCUUCCAGUGAAGGUGAAUAAGUUGACAUCUAUCAAGACUCAACUCCCGUACACAUAUUACUCCCUUCCAUUCUGCAAGCCAGAUACCAUAAUCGACAGCACCGAAAAUCUUGGUGAGGUUCUUCGUGGUGAUCGCAUUGAGAACUCUCCUUAUGUGUUCAAAAUGGGAGAGCCCAAGAUGUGUCAGAUUGUCUGCAAAGCAAAGAUCGGUGAGAAAGAAGCCAAGGAGCUCAAGGAAAAGAUAGAGGAUGAAUACCGAGUGAACAUGAUUCUAGACAACCUCCCGCUAGUUGUUCCGGUUACAAGGCAAGAUAAGAACAGUAUUGCUUAUCAAGGUGGAUAUCAUGUUGGUCUCAAAGGCCUGUAUUCUGGAACUAAGGAUGAGAAAUACUUCAUCCACAACCAUUUGUUAUUUACGGUGAAGUAUCACAGGGAUGAUAAUUCGGGACUUUCUAGAAUAGUGGGAUUUGAGGUCAACCCACACAGUAUCAAGCAUCAGGUUGACGAUAAAUGGAAUGGUGUAGACACUCGCUUGAGCACUUGUGAUCCUCAUGCGAGCAAAUUUGUAACAAACUCUGAUAAUCCUCAGGAAGUUGAAACUGACAAGGAAAUCAUAUUCACAUAUGAUGUUCGUUUUGAGGAGAGUGAGAUCAAGUGGGCGUCGCGUUGGGACACCUACCUGUUGAUGACUGAUGAUCAGAUUCACUGGUUUUCUAUCGUGAACUCUCUCAUGAUCGUGCUUUUCCUAUCUGGCAUGGUUGCCAUGAUAAUGCUUCGCACUCUCUACAGAGAUAUCUCUAGAUACAAUCAGCUUGAAACUCAAGAAGAAGCACAAGAGGAAACAGGUUGGAAGCUUGUUCAUGGGGACGUGUUCCGUCCUCCAACCUACUCUGACUUACUCUGUGUUUAUGUUGGCACUGGCGUCCAAUUCUUUGGCAUGCUCCUAGUUACAAUGAUCUUCGCUGUGUUGGGUUUCCUUUCUCCAUCAAACCGGGGAGGACUGAUGACUGCAAUGCUUCUAGUCUGGGUUUUGAUGGGGCUGCUUGCUGGCUAUUCUUCGUCACGCCUCUACAAGAUGUUCAAAGGUUCAGAGUGGAAGAAGAUUACCCUGAAAACGGCUUUCCUGUUUCCAGGGGUUGCAUUUGUUAUUUUCUUCAUCUUGAAUGCUCUUAUAUGGGGGGAGAAGUCAUCUGGUGCUGUUCCUUUCACCACAAUGUUUGCCUUGGUCCUCCUCUGGUUUGGCAUCUCAGUACCCCUUGUCUUUGUUGGGAGCUAUCUUGGGUUCAAGAAACCUGCCAUGGAAGCUCCAGUCAAGACAAACAAGAUUCCACGGCAGAUCCCUGAGCAGGCUUGGUACAUGAAUCCGCUUUUCACUAUUCUGAUUGGUGGGGUCCUUCCAUUUGGAGCAGUUUUCAUUGAACUCUUCUUCAUCCUCACCUCCAUCUGGCUGCACCAGUUCUAUUACAUCUUUGGCUUCCUCUUCCUUGUGUUUGUGAUCCUCAUCAUCACCUGUGCCGAGAUCACAAUCGUGCUCUGCUAUUUCCAGCUCUGCAGUGAGGACUACAUGUGGUGGUGGAGGUCUUACCUUACCUCGGGAUCCUCUGCGCUGUAUCUCUUCCUGUAUGCUGCUUUCUACUUCUUCACGAAACUGCAGAUUACUAAGCUGGUGUCUGGCAUAUUGUACUUCGGCUACAUGCUUCUCGCCUCCUAUGCCUUCUUUGUGCUGACUGGCACAAUUGGUUUCUGCGCCUGCUUCUGGUUCACUAGGUUGAUUUACUCGUCAGUGAAGAUCGAUUAG